AUGUGUCGAUCGAUAGGCACCGUGCUCUUGUGCCCGGACUGCGAUCAGCAUGAGAGCAGCAGCGUGCAGGAGAUCCCGUGCCCGCGUCGGUGCACCUACCCUCGGGAGCAAGUCCGGUACGUUCCCAGCGUCCGGUGCGCUCGAUGCCAGGCCAGGGCCGCGCGGGAGACCCGAGACGGGGUGCGCAACCGGGAGCACGACCGGCAGCGAAGAACCGCGUUUGUGGACUACCCGGCCUGUGAGCAGCCGCCCUCUCCGGCGGAGCAGCAGGGGUCGCGGCCGCGCGACGUCCAGGACUGGGAGCAGCGCUCCACGAGGUCCGCCUGGUACGACGGGCUACACGGGCCGCCUGCGAUACAACCUGCCCAGGGCCGGCGGUUCCUGGAUUCGAAGAGGUUCGACCCCCCUGCGCCGUCGGGCGCAGCCUCCGAUCGGGAGACCGUCGGUAACGAGCCUAGCGGCCGGGGGAGCGAACACUGCUCGCAGUGCUCGGGCUGUCCGGAGUGCCAGGGCGGCGAGGAAUGCUCCGGAAGUGACGACGAGGGCGAGGAGUGCUCCGGGAGUGACAGGGACGGUUCAGACUGCUCGGGCAGCCAAUAUGGCGAAGUACCCAUCCGUCUCGCGCCGUCUUGA